AUGUCCAACAUUUUAGCAUGUUACCAACUCUUAGAACUGAACAUCAUAUCAGCACAAGACUUAGCUCCGGUGGGUCGGUCCAUGCGAACCUAUGCGGUGGCAUGGAUCGAUCCAGACCGGAAGCUUUCAACCCGGGUUGAUUCUGAGGGCGGAACCAACCCGGCUUGGAAUGAUAAGUUUGUCUUCCGAAUCGACCAAGACUUUUUAUACGAUGAGGAAGCAGCAAUUGUAAUUGAUAUUUACGCCCUUCAUUGGUUUCGAGACAUUCAUGUGGGUACUGCACACGUUCUCAUUGAUGACCUUAUCCCACCACCGUCACAACCCUUUCGAAAUACAUGCAAGUCAACGGGUAUGCGAUUUGUGGGGCUCCAAGUUCUACGAUCCUCGGGUCAACCAAAAGGGAUUUUAAACGUUGGUGUGGGUAUCAUUGAUAGCUCCAUGCGAAGCAUGCCUCUCUACACACAUGACAACACCUCAGCCGUUGGAUAUAGCCAUGAUGAUCACAAUCCGCCAAGCCAUCAAGCCAAGCCCCAUCUUCGACGUAUAAAGAGUGACACCAGCUCAAUACUCGCCUCAGAAGCCAUGGCUCAUGAGCAACCAACCAUGGCUACAAAAGGGAAAGCAAAUUCCCAAGUUACCCUUUCUGAAGUAAGCGUAGAAUGCGAAAACAAGGCUUACUCCACAUUGAGUGGCUCAGAUGUGAUGGCAAUGCCAGAGGGUGGAUUUGGUAUAAAGAAGAGAGAAUUAACGACCCAUGACUCUCCAAGAGUAAAUGUUGAUUAUGAAGUAAAGCCCUCGCCGAAAAGAGAAUUUCAAAACUCUCCUUACAAUAACGCUUACAAAGGUGGCGUGAGAGCCACUCCGUUGCACGCAUUUGCGAUGACGAACGCGGCAUUGGAGUAUGGAACGCCAUACAGGUCAAACAUGGGUCGUGCCAUUAUGACCAACUCUGAAUUGGGUCCGUCGGCUUCAGAGGUGGCAGCGGCGGUGGCCAGACAACCGAUUGAGGAAGGGGAGAAUUCCACCGUCGGAGGGUGGAGCUUAGAUGAAAGCGUCGAAGGGUUGCAACCUAAAGUGGAGAGGUGGCACACGGAGCUGCCGCCGGUGUAUGACGGUGGCGAGAUGUCAAGCUUAAAAUCAUCGGGCAAGAAAGGGAAACAUUCACGUAGGCACACAGAUGGUGGCAGUGGAAAUGGCUUGUUCUCUUGCUUUAGUGUCAUAUGUGGAGUUGAGUGCUCCAUUGUUUGUGGAAGCGGUGGCAAGAAGAGUCGCCGUCGCCGGGCUCAAUCCGUCGAUAACCAAAGCUUUCUAUGA